GUACAACUCCGAUCCAAGCGGUUGAGCAAAGAAAGCCCAGGUGAGUCGGCCGCAGGUGAUCGAUCGAUUGGCUUCAAUUUGCCAACGAUGCGCAGAGAGGAGGCGUAACCGUGGUGACGUGGAGCUUUUACAUUGAAGCCGAGGAGCUCUCCGAUGGCGCAUGGAGAGUAAAGAACCCGGACACCUGUAGGAAGAACCUUUUGACACCAUAGAUCAUAACUUAAGGACAUCAAAACAAGAAGGUUUUCGGUCCUUACACAGGAUGAAGGUGCAACUUGUGCUUCCCCUGACGUUGCUGACGUCUGUGAUUUUGGUGGGGUUCAUGAAGAUACGCAGGAAGGAGCACGAGAAGGAGGAGAAGCGCAGCCGGUUCCAGGACAUCAAGAUGCGGGUGACCAGCGAUGUUCUCCAGGAGUACCAGAGCGAGAAGGCGGAGAAGCACAACGAGCUGGAAAAGGCUCAAAGCGCGCUAAAGACGAUGGAGGACGAAAUGAAGGAAGUGCAGACCAAAGCUGAGAAGUCGACUCAGGAUUUAGCUGGCUGCCAAGAUUCCCAGAAAUCUGGCACAGACCAGUUGGCAGCGGCAGAGACAAACCAGAAAAACCUUAAAGCGGAAACUGAGAAGGAGACGGCUGAGUGGAAAGCAGAAUUGGAUCGACUGAAACAGCAGAUGGCAGACAAAAGCCCAGUCUGCAACUUCUUGAAAGAAACACCAGACCCAAUAAAGACUAUGUGUGGCAUUAAAGAAGAGCCAAAGCCUGAGCCGCCCAAGCAAGAGGAGGCAAAGCCUGAGCCACCCAAGCAAGAGGAGGCAAAGCCUGAGGCCCCGAAACAAGAGGAGGCAAAGCCUGAGGCCCCCAAGCAAGAGGAGGCAAAGGCCGAGGCCCCAAAACAAGAGGAGGCAAAGGCCGAGGCCCCAAAACAAGAGGAGGCAAAGGCCGAGGCCCCAAAACAAGAGGAGGCAAAGGCCGAGGCCCCAAAACAAGAGGAGGCAAAGGCCGAGGCCCCAAAACAAGAGGAGGCAAAGGCCGAGGCCCCCAAGCAAGAGGAGGCAAAGGCCGAGGCCCCCAAGCAAGAGGAGGCAAAGGCCGAGGCCCCCAAGCAAGAGGAGGCAAAGGCCGAGGCCCCCAAACCAUAGGUGAAAAAGGAGAGAACCCCAAACAAGAGGAGCAAAAGACAAACCCCACUAGAAAGUAAGAGGACAUAAAGACAGAUGCCCUGAAAUAAAAAUAUGCACUACCAUCAUUUUCUACUCUACAUCGGAUGGUCAACAGAUCUGUUCACAGGAACAAGAAUAUCCUGAUUUUCAUUUUAGCUGGGAAACAAUGUUGCCGUUGACAUUAAGCAUAUCCAAGAAAACGGGAUACAUGUGUAUUUGGUCUUUAGUUUCUUGAUAUUUAUGCAAAGUGUAAUAUUUAUGCUUAUUGUUAGGUUGUAGCUUUAAAAUGGUCAGCGCAACAGUGCAGAAAGUUAAACAAUGAAUCCAGUCAGCCACAGAAACCUAAAUGCAACUAAAAACGUCAGUGGUGUUGUGCUCUAACACCUAACGUCAAGUUCAAUAAAAUUCCUCUAAAUUGAAAAAUAUUUUUUGUCCCUGUUGGUCUGAGACCAAUUCUCCAUCAGGGAACUCCAUUUGUUACACCCUAAUUUACCAAAUGUCCCGGUCUUAUUACGUUAAAUAUGUCAUUAAAUGUUACAUGUUGUGGAGGUAGGUCUUCUAAGAUCAAUGUUUUUAAGAAAUCCUUUUUUUGUAGCUAAAUAGAAAAUAAAAACAUAUUACGGUGCAGGGAUUGUUUUGCACAGGUUUUAUUUAGUGAAAUGUGUUUGUGGUAAUUUAAUCCCAAACAGCUUUUAUAUGAUAGUUUUUUUCAAAUGGUUUAUGGAUGUGAAGAACUUUCCAUAUUCUCUCUUCUUCAUUGAUCCUACAGUUGUGUCCAUGAACUAAACUCACACUGCACAACUAAAAAGAAAUAAUUUAUUAAAGGAAUUGGGUAUUUUGGUUUCUUUUUUCCCCCACAGGAAUAUAAUAGCAAAGUGCUGGCAUUUACAAUGCUUUGCAAAAUUUUUCACAUCACUUUUUUUUACAUUUGUCACAUAUCUGAAACCUUUGGAGAUUUUAUGUCAUGAACCGAUACAAAGUAGUUGAUAAUUGUGAAGCCGAAGAAAAAUGAUGCAUGGUUUUCAGACGUUGUUUUUGUAUAAAUAAAAAUCUGAAAAGUG